GGUCCUCCACUGAGAUGGCGUCCAGGAUUGACGACCUUACCCGCUCCCAGCAGACGUUAGAGCAAGAAAAGCAGGGCUGGGCGGCAGACGGAGAGAAAUGGGCGGUAGAGAAGAGCAGCUGGGAAGAGGAAAGGGCGAAUUGGGCGGCAGAGAAGCAGAGCUGGGCGGCGGAGCGGGAGAUGUGGGCAGCAGUGAAGGCGGCGAGGGAGAGAGAGAAUGGUGAAUCGGAUGAGGGCAGGAGAGAGUUGGAGCAGCGUCUGGGGGCUCUGAGCGCUCAGCUGGCUGCAGCUGAAGCAGCGAAAGCGGAGGCAGAAGCGGCUAAAGCAGCAGCGGAAGCGGCGAGAGCGGAGGCCGAAGUGGCAAAAGCAGCAGCUGAAGCGGCCAGGGCAGAGGCAGAAGCGGCCAGAGCGGAGGCGGAGAAAACGCUGGAGGGGAAGAAGGGCGAGUCGGACCAGGCCACGAGUGGCGGCCAAGGCAGCAGCGUGCCUGGCGGAGCUGCAGAAGAGCCUCACCCAGGCGCAGGUAGAUCUGGCGCAGGCGCACUCCACGCUGCAGGAGAAGGAGGAGCAGGUGCAGGCGAGGGAGGGGGAGGUGAGGGAGGUGAGGCAGGAGCUGGAGGCAGUGAGGAGAGGCUGGAGGCACUCGAGGUGGAGUUGGAGGCAGCGACCCAGCAGCUUAAGAAGGCAGCAGAGGAGCAGCAGCUGCGGAGCGAGCUGGAAGCUUCUGCAAGUGCGGCUGCUGCAUCGGCUGCAUUGGCUGCAUCGGCUGCGUCUGAUGCGUCUGGGGUUGAGGCGGGGGAGGGUGUGGGGAGCAGGGUGGACCAGCUGGAGGCGAGAGUGGAGGCUCUUCUGGGGGAGGUGGCAUCUGCAGAGCGGGCUAAGGCGGAGGUGGAGGGCAAGCUGGCGAGUGCCGGAAGGGAAAAUGCCAGGCUGGAAGACCUGGCAUCCACCAAGGAGGCUGAAGCCAAGUCCAUGUUCCUCCAGCUCUCCCAGCUCAAGGCAGAUAACGCCUCCCUCAGUAGCGACCUGGCAGGCGCUACAGACAAGGUGCAUGAGCUAGUGGCCAAGAAUCGCCGCAUGGACAAGGACGUGGUAACCGCUGCGGCUGAGGCGGCGUUACGCGAGCAGGAGCAGGGGGGAGGCGGGGCUGGGGGAGGGUGGAGCUCGCUGGCCCUGGUGACAGUGGGUGUGGGCGCGGCUGUGGGGGGGGUUGCGGUGAUGAAAUUCAUGGGGCCACGGGCUUGAGAGGAGAAGGGUGAUCGAGGGAGGAAGAGUUGACUCUUGAGUCGGCUCAAGAGGACUUGGGGGGGGGGGAGCUCCCUGUCUCCGGUGACGGUGGGUGUGGGGUGGGGGUAGCUGUGGGGGGGGUUGCUGUGAUGAGACUCAUGGGGCCGUGGGCUUGAGAGGAGAAGGGUGUUGAGAGUGGAAAAGAUGACUCUCGAGUCAACUCUAAAGAUCUGGGGGAGGGUGGAGCUCCCUGGCUCUGCUGACGGUGGGAAUGGGCGCAGCUCUGGGGGGGUUGCUGUGAUGAGACUCAUGCGGCCAUGGGCUUGAGAGGAGGAAAGUAAACUCUGGGCACGUGAUGAUGGGCUGAUUGACUCGCUGAUUAUCAUGAACCAGUUAUGAUAUUUGUAUACCUUUGGUAACUAUUGUGGUGAUGCCUUGCACAGCUGUCCCUGUUGAGCUGCUCUAACAACCCUUGUUUGAUGU